AUGAACAAUGCACGGCGUCUGUCUGCACUGAUAGACGGGCUAUCCAAUGGUCAAUCCAGCAACGAGGAGCUGCUGAGCUCCUCUCGAGGAGUUCAGCCAACCACCAACCGAAAAAACUUCGCUGGGUCCACCGAUUCUGUACAGCAAGCCAUCGCGGUACAUUAUAAUCGGCGGGGGCCACCCCCCAAAGUACCCAGUCUCCCAGACGAUCGCACGCUGGAGUAUGCGCGGAAAGUCAGCGCCGUGGCAAUUCCCCCCGCGCAACAGCAACAAUUGGAUGUAUCUAGUGUGUAUAUAGCCAGUGACCCACAGCGUGCCAGAAAGCGGGGGGCAGAGUACUCCUCGAUCGGAUCUGGCAAUUUGGCCAGCGAGAGUGGAUCCUCCAGUUACUACGCGGAGCAGCACCACCAACACCAGCAACAACGCCACGACUCCACUACGUCAUCGGCCACACAACUCUCGACGGUGAAAACACCUCUCCAUUUUGAAAAACCGACAAUCGUGGUGGAACAGUACCGAACUCCGCCGAGAACGGACAGCGCAGUGACGAGUGCACCGUUGCCCGAAAUCCCCACAGUGGAAACCCACUUCAGCGACACGGACACACAGGGCGACACGGCCUACGUUACAAGGGUUCUGCCCGGACCCACCCACAAGUGGGUCCCCCCCACAGACGGUGUCCGCGGAGACCGCCUCGAGCCCGCUCUGAAGCAGCUUAUCGCCGCGCUGUCGCGUGUCGCCGCGGAGCUGCUCCUAACCCCGGAGGAGGCACGCCAUUCCGAGUGCACGCAGCGGCUCGAGAACGCCGCGCGCGCCCUCGAGGGCUUCCGAUGA